CGCAAAUAAAUUUUCUUUCUUUUUCUUUCUCAUAAAAAAAAAUAUUAUUUAUUUAUUGUGUAUAAAACAUGGCUACUGAAGCACCUAAAGCAACCCCUAUUACAGUUUCUGAAUUGUCCAAGUAUGAUGGCUCUGACCCUUCACUUCCCAUUUAUGUUGCUAUUAAAGGUGAUGUAUUUGAUGUCUCAAAAAAUACAAGUUCAUAUGGUAAAGGUUCAGGAUAUAAUGUAUUUGCUGGAAAGGAUUCAUCUAAGGCACUUGGAAAGUCUUCUUUAAAGCCUGAAGAUUGUAUAGGUGACUAUAGCGAUCUUACAGAAAAGGAAUUAGAAACUUUAAAUCAAUGGUAUACAUUCUUUUCUAAGAGAUAUAAUAUUGUUGGAAAGGUCGUUCCUGAUAAUUAAGUUGUAUUUUAUUCGCGUUUUUAUUAUUAAUAUAAAAAAAUAAAAUUUUACCAUUACGUAAUACCAAUAA